AAUCGGGACUGUGUUAGCAAAAUUGACACUGUUGGACUGUAUGCGCUUGCUUAGAUUACCGGGACCCGUGUUGUCAGUCAGCUGCCCGCUGUAGCCUAUCCAAUCCCCGUACAGCUCUCCCGCCUUCCCUUUCGAAUUGUGCAUCUCGCUGAUAGCACGGGGCUGUCAUAUACAGAUGAAUAUACACAAUGCGCAGGAGUCUGCAGACACCUAGAAGCGGAUGUUAGGCUGUUGUAUGCGGGAGGAUCAAAAUGCCACCCUUUCGGCAAGUUGGCGAGAAGCAACUUCCCCAUGAAAUAAUCUUUCUGGCCUGGUCGCCCAAGAGAGAUCUCAUUGCUCUUGUCAACAAAGCUGGAGAGGUCUUACUCCAUCGGCUUGCCAAUAUUCAGAGGGUGUGGAGUUUACCCCCCAAUGAGAAUACUGGAAAAGAAGUUACAUGUUUGGCAUGGAGACCAGAUGGCAAAAUAUUGGCAUUUGGUCUUGCUGAUACAAAGAAGGUUAUCCUUUGCGAUGUAGAGAAACCCGAAAGUCUCCAUUCGUUCUCAUUGGAAACGCCAAUAUCAUGUAUGCAGUGGAUGGAAGUGAAUGUGGAAAACAGUGUAUUGACUUCCUUUUACAACGCUGAAGAUGAAGCUAAUGUUCUGCUGCCCAAGUUACCUGCACUGCCCAAAAAUUACACUGCCACAGCAAAAAUCUUCAGUGAAGAAAAGUCUGAUGAAAUAUUAAAGUUGUUAGGAGAUGCAAGACUUAAUGCUUUGGUUCUUGGAGGAGAUUCAGGACAAAUUGAAAUAUAUGCCUAUGGGAUGUACAAAAUUGCAACAAUUUCAGAGGUUUAUGGAUCCUGCUUGCGACUUUGCCUCUCUAGUGAUCUCAAGUCCCUGUCUGUUGUCACUGAGCUGACAACAAAUAAUACGCCUGAAAUUACGUACUUUCAGCUGGACACCAGUUUGUUGUCUGAUUACUUACCUGAAGUCACCCGGAUGGCCAGAAAAUUUACCCACAUCUCAACACUUCUCCAGUACUUGCAGUUGUCUCUGACAUGUAUGUGUGAAGCUUGGGAAGAAAUACUGAUGCAGAUGGAUUCGCGAUUAACGAAGUUUGUACAGGAAAAAAACACAACCACGUCUGUACAGGAUGAGUUCAUGCAGUUACUGCUGUGGGGCAAAGCUAGCCCAGAACUCCAAGCACUUCUAAUGAACCAACUAACUGUUAAAGGCCUAAAGAAGCUUGGCCAAUCAGUUGAGUCGUCCUACUCCACCAUACAGAAACUAGUCAUAAGUCAUCUGCAAAGUGGAGCGGAAGCCUUGUUGUAUCAUCUCAGUGAGUUAAAAGGAAUGGCCUUGUGGAGGCAGAAGUAUGAGCCACUUGGACUUGAUGCCAAAGCAAUUGAAGAUGCAAUUACAGCUGUUGGCUCUUUCAUCCUGAAAGCACACGAACUUCUACAAGUUAUAGACAGUGGCAUGAAAAACUUCAAGGCUUUCUUUAGAUGGCUAUAUGUGGCCAUGCUCCGAAUGUCAGAGGACCAUGUACUUCCUGAGCUAAACAAGAUGACUCAGAAAGACAUAACGUUUGUGGCUGACUUUCUAACAGAGCAUUUCAAUGAAGCACCAGACAUGUAUAAUCAAAAAGGCAAAUACUUCAAUGUUGAAAGAGUUGGCCAGUAUUUGAAGGAUGAAGAUGACAUCCUCAUGUCACCGCCCAACAUUGAAGGGAACCAGUGGUUUAGCUUCCUUCAAAGCAGCACACACCUCAAAGAGAGCCCACUGCUGUUUCCUUACUACCCCGACAAGUCCCUGCACUUUGUGAAAAGGCAAAUGGAAGCAAUCAUUGACCGUUGUCUGACUAAACCAGCACAAAUCAUAGGAGCGUCUGUGCAACAAAAGCGAUGCCUUCCCUUGUACCAAGUGUCUGCCAGUGAGGAGGCAUGCCCAAGGCUGAUCUCACUUCCAUAUCUCUGGAAUGACAAGUCCCAGAAUCUUCACUGUGUGAUGUUCCGCAUGCUGGAAAGCUCAUCCUCUAAAGUGUUCAUACUCAGGCAGCCCACUGAUCUGUCACGGUCUAUAAAUGAGGCACUUUUAGCCGUCACUAUUGGAAACUCCUUAAACAGCAGCGCUGCCGAAGAUACAGAAACCAGCUCCUACAGCUGUUUAGAUGCACGUUUCUAUGAUGAGGAUAUUAUAACUGUGGUAUUAAGAGACAACAGUGAACCGGAAGGAAAGGACAGGGUAUUGUCUCAGCUGUCCCUCUCUCAGCUGUAUAGUGAUGAAGAAACUGAGGAUGAGUUCACGUGGGACACAAGUAAAAGGUUGGAGGAGCAGCACUCAGACAUCCCAACACGCACAGUAUUUCUGGAGAAUCAGGGGCGGCUGCUGGAAAACAUGAAGGCUCACUACGUCUCUGUGAAUGGCAUACGGAAAGUUGCGUGUGUGCUCAGUUCAAACCUGCGCCAUGUGCGAGUCUUCGAGAUGGAUGCGGAAGAUGACGGAGAAGAGGAAGAGGAGGAGAUUUUGCAUUCUCAGGAUGUGACUGAAGAGGAGGAAGAAUUCAUUCAGUCUGUGGAUGAAGGACAGAAUAAUUCAGCUGAAGCAGUUGAUGUGACAGAGGAAAGUUUAGACUCCUGAUGUAUUUGUCUCUCAUUGGGACUCUUAGAAAACCUCACCAAGCUGAAUAUGGAAAUGGCCUUCAUACUCCUUAAGCCACAGCCCUAAUGCACAAAUGAGCUCUGUUGUCCCAGUUAAAGGAAAACUAUACCCCCGAACAAUGUAGGUCUCUAUAAAAAGAUAUUGCAUAAAACCGCUCAUAUGUAAAAUCCUGCUUCAUGUAAAUAAACCGUUUUCAUAAUAA